AUGGCAGAUACCCCUGUUUCUAAAGUGUUGCAGCAACUGAACUCCAUCAUUCAACAACAGAACGAUCAAGAGCUGAGGUUGGUCUCUGGUGUUAAGGAAGAAGUGAAUAAGUUGUCUGCAACACUCAAGGACAUCCAGUCAGUGCUCGAGGAUGCAGAGGAGAAACAAAUGAGAGACAAAGAUGUGAAGGUAUGGGUAGAAGAGAUAAAAGAUGCAGUCUAUGAACUGGAUGACAUAUUGGAUGACUGGAGCACUCAGAUUCUCAAAUCAAAAAUUGAAGAAGAGCAGAAGAAGAAGAAGAAGAAGGUUAGUACCUACUUGUCCUCUCCUUGCAUUUGUUUGAAUCAUGUCUUUACACACCAUGACACCGGUCGUAAGAUUAAGGAAAUUAGGAAACGACUAGAUUCCCUUGCAAAUGAGAAAGGAAAGUACUGCCUUGUGGAGGAGAGGAAUAGGGUUAAGGAGUUGGAAGAAGAAGCACAACAGUACUACCUGAAAAGUACUACUUGGUCUAUGACUAAUGAUGAUGUAUCAGAUGAUGAUCAUCAUAAUCAGAUAUAUGGUCGGGACACAGAUAAAGAUAUCAUAAUCAACCAAUUAUUAAGUGAGAGUAGCCAACAGGAGGGAAUUGGCCUUCAUGUCAUCUCCAUAGUUGGUAUGGGUGGUCUGGGAAAGACUACUCUUGCUCAACUUGUCUUCAAUGAUAACAAGGUGACAAGUCAUUUUGAAAAGAGGUUGUGGGUGCCUGUGUCAAGGCCUUUUGAUGCUAUAAAGAUUGCCAAGGCAAUCAUUGAAGCCAUUAAUGGCGGAGAGAGUUCAAGUGCCGCUCCUCUUUCCCUGGCAUGGGAAUCCCUUCAACUACAUCUCUAUAACUCUAUUAAAGGAAGGAGGUUUUUGCUGGUCUUAGAUAAUAUAUGGAUUGAGGAUCACAGAAAGUGGGGUGCAUUGAAGUUUUCUCUUAACUAUGGUGCACUAGGAAGUAGAAUUUUGGUGACCACACGCAGUGAGAAAGUUGCAUUGACAAUGGGUGCAAUCAACCCGUAUCAUUUGCAGGCAUUGUCCAAUGAUCACUGUUUCUUGUUGUUUAGCCACCUAGCUUUGGCUGGAAGGGAGGAAAAAGAGUUGAAACAAUUUGAAGAAAUUGGCAAGGAAAUAGCCAAGAAAUGCAGAGGCGUUCCUCUUGCAGCAAAGAUAUUAGGAUGUCUCAUGCGCUUGAAGAGUACAAGACAAGAUUGGCUGGAUAUCUUAGAGAGUGAAACAUGGAAAUUUCAAGAAAGUGUUUUAUUACCAGCUCUUUUGUUGACUUACUAUGAUCUUCCCUCACCUAUCAAGUGUUGCUUUGCCUUUUGUGCUAUCUUCCCUAAAGACCAUUGGAUACACAAAGACAAUUUAAUCAAAUUAUGGAUGUCACAGGGUUUUCUUGGCAUUGACGGAAGAAAAGAAUUGGAGCUUAUUGGUGUGGAUUUUUUCGACAAUCUAGUGAUACGCUCGUUUUUCCAGGAUCUAAGAAAAGAUAAGGAUGGCCACAUUUACUGUUGCAAGAUGCAUGAUCUUGUUCAUGACCUUGCACAAUUUAUCACUGAUAAAGAGUGUUUUAUUAUAGAGAUGAAGAAAAGUGAUAAUACUGGUGAUCAGUUGUACUACAACAAGAAGUUCCGCCAUUUAUCUUUGCUAUCAGGUGAGGAGGUCAUGUAUUCAAUUCCAGUAUCCCUUCACAGUGUCAAGGUUCUCCAUACUCUCAAACUCUUUGGGGAAAUAUCAGUUAUAACUCUUCCUCCAAUUUUAUUUAGUUAUUUGACAUGUCUAAGGGCAUUGGAUUUAAGUAAAACCAAGCUUACAGAACUCCCAUCAGAGAUUGUGAAAUUGAUACAUCUAAGAUAUCUUGAUUUGUCAAUGACAGAUAUCAAGGAAUUGCCCGAAACAUUGAGUGAACUAUGCAAUCUGCAAACCUUGAAACUUGACAAUUGUGAGUAUCUUAGUAAACUUCCGCAACGGAUUGGGAAAUUGAUUAAUUUGAGACAUCUUGAAAUUGAGAACACUGUUUGUCUCAAUCAUUUACCUCAAGAAAUUGGAAGAUUAACAUCCCUUCGAACAUUAAGCAGAUUCUUUGCAAGUGAAGGAUGUAGGAUUGGGGAAUUGAAAAACCUCAAUCUCAUUCGAGGAAGGCUAGAAAUAACAAGGCUGAAGAGAGUGGCAAACAAGAGCGAGAGCUUUGAGGCAGGAUUGAAGAAUAAAAAAGAUGUCCAUAGCCUGGUGUUAGAGUUUUCAGAUGAUUCAGUUGGAGUGAGCAAGGAAGUGGAGAGGAUGGAGGGUGUGCUUCAAGGCCUUGAACCACAUCCCAACCUAGUGAAAUUAAGCAUUUUCGAAUACCCUGGUUUCAAGUUUCCAACUUGGAUGGAUGAUAAUUCCGUGUUGUCUAAUUUACGGUCUCUGUCUCUGUCUUGUUGCUGGAAACUUAGACGGUUACCCACUACAUUGUGGAAACUACCAUUCCUUGAAAUUCUUGAGAUCGAUCGCUUGCCUAAUUGGGAGGAGUGGAGUAUGGGAGUAGACCAAGAAGAUGGAGUGGUUAUCAGUACGACUAUUUUGCCGUGUCUCCGUAAUUUGGUCAUCUCAAGUUGUCCAAAGUUGAAGACAUUGCCAGCUCUUGGAAAACUAGCAUCCCUCGAAUCUAUUAGAAUCGAGGGAUUACAUGGAUUAACACGUUUGGGUUGUGAGAUUUAUGGGAUUUGUGGUGAUGGUGGCAUUAUGAAGGGAAGUUUUUUUCCUAAGUUGAAAGAACUCACUUUCUCAUUUAUGAGUAAUUUGGAGGUGUGGGAAUUGGGAGUGGAAGCAGCUGCAAAGGAGAUUAAGAUUAUGCCAUGUCUUGAUAUAUUGAAGCUUUACAAGUGCCCAAAGUUAAACGUUGUACUGACUACUGGGGUACUUGUGUCACUUGAACAGCUUUCAGUACAUUUUACCAGGAUUAAUACAAUAAAAUACAAUGGUGAUGAUGAACUCUAUGGAGGUGGUGAGAGAGAUGGUGAUUUAUUCCCUGAUCAGUUCAAAUCACUUGAGUUUGUGAAACACUGGAAGAUAAUGCCUUGUCUUAGGAGUUUAGUACUUUGGCAUUGUCCCAUGUUAGUUGCACCACCACACCACCUCUUCCUGCCUCAUACAUCACCACCACUAAGGAAGCUGGUUAUAGGAGAUUGUCCAUUAUUGAGUUGGAUGCUACAGCCACUAUUGCCAUCUCCUGUACCACCAUUAAUGCCGCCACCUUCAUCAUAUGUUUUGCUGCCAUUCCUUGAGGAAUUAGAGUUGAUAUACAAUGCAGGUUCUCUGUCAAGGUCACUGUUAUCACCAGAUAAUAGUCAGAUAUACUUUCUCAACCUCAAGUCUUUGAUUCUCACUGGUUCACCACAUACUUCACUUCCCCAAGGCAUAGGACAACUUACAAUGCUCAGGAGAUUAACAAUCUGGAGUUGCAACAGCAUGACACAUAUGUCAAAGGAGAUAAAACAUCUGGCCAUGCUUCAGGAGCUAAGGAUCUUAUAUUGUGAGAUUCUUGGACCAAGAUGUCAAGAAGGAGCAGAAGAUUGGGGCAAGAUAUCACGCAUCCCCUCAAUUAUAAUUGAUGGAGUUUUUGUUGAGCGCCAAUGA